UCCUCCAUCAUAUUCUCUCACUGCAACGCAAAGAAGAAGAGACAUAGAGAGAUACCAUUGUUGAAUCUCUUCUUCCUGUUGUUGUUCUCCAGAAAAAAAAAAAAGUAAAAGUAAAUCCCUUCUUCUUUCAUUUUCUUUAGUUUAGUUUUUUUGAAUCUGAAGAGUAAAAGAAGAAGAAAAAGGAACUAUGGCAACAGUUAAUGGGUACCAAGGCAACACACCCGUCGCUUCGGCAGGGGCCCCAUCGAAGCAGACUGUGCCGACUGUGAAGACUGUUGACACUCAGUCUGUUCUUAAACGGUUGCAAUCUGAAUUAAUGGCAUUGAUGAUGAGUGGAGAAUCUGGGAUAUCUGCCUUUCCUGAGGAGGAUAACAUAUUCUGCUGGAAAGGAACAAUUACAGGAAGCAAAGACACAGUUUUUGAAGGAACUGAAUACAAGCUAUCCCUUUCUUUCCCAAAUGACUAUCCCUUCAAGCCUCCAAAGGUGAAGUUCGAAACCAGCUGCUUUCAUCCUAAUGUGGAUGUUUAUGGAAACAUUUGCUUGGACAUCCUUCAGGAUAAAUGGUCAUCGGCUUAUGAUGUUCGGACAAUACUCAUAUCUAUCCAGAGUCUGCUUGGAGAGCCAAAUAUAAGCUCACCUUUAAACACUCAAGCGGCUCAACUAUGGAGCAAUCAAGAAGAAUAUAGAAAGAUGGUGGAGAAGUUGUACAAGCCUCCAAGUGCAUAAUAUUCUCAUAAGAUUAGGUGCAUAAGAUUAUAAAAGACCAAGGAAGAGAUGUAUGGAAACGAGUUUUUUCUUUUUUUCUUCUUUCUUAAUGUGUGCGAUUUCUAUUUUUAAAAUAUUUAAUUUUACGUGAUUCAAAUGCUUUAAAGAAUUGAAUUACAUAUUAUUAUUA